CGGCGUAUGCUGUCAGUGGCCCUGAAACCCAACAGAAGAAGAAAUGAUGGUGUUGUGGUUGAGGUGUGUUUCACGGCGCUUCUCACACUCUCUCUACACCACCAUGAAGUCCUCAUCAUCCUCCUCUUCCUCUGACUCUCAUAUUCCCACCAAAAUACCAAAAAUAAGCGAAAGAUUAGUAUGGGUUGAUCUUGAGAUGACUGGAUUAAAUGUAGAAGAAGAAAAGAUAAUGGAAGCAGCCAUUAUGAUCACUGAUGGUGACUUGAACGUUGUUGCAGAGGGCCCAAACCUAAUAUUAAAAGUAGACGACAGAGUAUUGGACAACAUGAAUGAAUGGUGCAAGAAGCAUCAUGGUGAGGCAAGGCUCCUUUGGCUGGCAACACGAUACAUUCAGAUAAAAAGUUCUUGGAUAAGUACAUGCCUAAACUGAUGAAUCACCUCCACUACCGCCUUGUUGACGUCUCCACUGUCAAGGAGUUGUGUAGUGGCCCUUCAAGAACUAUGUACUGUUGCAGUAGACAGAUUGCAGU